CAUAGCCACCGAGAGUAGGCAGGGCAAAAAAAAAAAUUUGAAUUAACUUUCGUGAAGAGUAAUUAUUAAAACGUCCCUGUUGAGCUGUCAUAAUUUUGAUAAACUGGGAAAACGAUUAUGACAACAGCUCAGUGCGGUCUAAUAGCCCCAGCAGGCUGCUGGUAGGAUCAGAAUACGACUAAGUUGCUAGCCUAUCCCUGCCGGUUGGCUGCUACCGUAUCAGCUGUAGCAUUAUCCAGACUAGCAGCUUCCGGUUCAAAUUCUCACUGCUGUCUGCCUUAUUAGCUAGUUGAAGGUGGCGGCAGCUUUUGACGGUCCAUUUAGCGAAGAGGCAUUUUUUUCCGGGGUUGGUUGAAACCAGUGUGGGAUGUCACAGAUGUGAUUUGGACCAACCUGCCCUCCUCCCCAGCCUUCAUUGAGAUUCGGCUUCCUGUCCUCCUCUUCUUCCCCAGUGUCCCAGUGUGUGAUCCCUCCCUCAUCAUGACCCUGUCAACUCUCCUGCCCCAGGCCUUGCUGCUGCUGCUGCUGCUGCCCUGUGGGACUCUGGCCUCCCACAGCAGCAGCCCCACCUUACUGGACCACAACACCACCUUACUGGAACAACACAUCACCACGGACCAGGAACACUGCCAACAGCUAUGCAAGCUCAAUCAAACAUGCAAUUGCUAUAUCUUCUGGAAGGAGAGAUUCACAUGCUUUCUGUUGAAAUGCUUUAAUGUGUCAGACUGCCCAGAUGUCUCUGUGGAGGAACUAUUUCCAGGAGAAGAGCUUGACAGUGGUGCCCAUGAAGACAGCGGAAAAAUCUUGAGAGCUUCUGGUCCUGGUUCUAGAACCCUACCAAAACUCCAGCCUGACAGCAACUCACCCGGAACGCCCCAGGAUACCGACAGCGCAGCCGACAGUCCGAGCAGUGGAGGAAGGGCCUCUCCCUCCCCCCCUCCCUCCUCUCCUGUGAGGGGCAGCAGUGGAGGGCUGUCUGCAGGGGAUGCUCUCCUCCUCAAUUCCUCAACUCUGUCACUACUGCAGAAGCCGCCUGAAAACCCACACCAGGGUGGAGAUGUGUCAGACCAGGGUGGAGAUGUUAAGGUCCCAGACCAGGGUGGAGAUGUUAAGGUCCCAGACCAGGGUGGAGAUGUUAAGGUCCCAGACCAGGGUGGAGAUGUUGAGAACCCACACCAGGGUGGAGAUGUUGAGAACCCACACCAGGGUGGAGAUGUUGAGAACCCACACCAGGGUGGAGAUGUUAAGGUCCCAGACCAGGGUGGAGAUGUUAAGGUCCCAGACCAGGGUGGAGAUGUUAAGGUCCCAGACCAGGGUGGAGAUGUUAAGGUCCCAGACCAGGGUGGAGAUGUUGAGAACCCACACCAGGAUGAUUACAUUUCCACCCAAGCCCCAGCAUUGCACAUGUCAGACGAGCCAACGAGCUGGAGCCCUGAGGAGGCGACCAGCGCCAGCAGGGCGACCACACCAAUGAUGACAUCAGGAUCAACAACAACUGCAGCAUUAUCAGCGACUGUGCCAACAACCACCACCACUACUGCAAUUCAACAACCUACUACAGCAACAAUGCCAACAUCACCAAUAACUUCAUCAACAUCAUCAACAACUUCAUCAUCAUUAACAAUAACAUCUGCUGCCUCUGGGCCUCUAGAAACGGAACACAAGCCAUCGACCUCUGACCCCCCUGGCCCUGGAGCGACCGCCAACCUUCCAUCCUCCUCCUCCAGUGCAGCUGGAUCCAAGAUCGCUGACAUGGAGGGGAACAGGGGGGGCAUCAUGGACGUGGCUGGGAGCCUUCUGACCAAACAGCUGGUGGACACCAGCUCCCUACUGGCUGUCCUGCUGUUUGGCCUCCUCUUCUUCUUGGUUACGGUUGUCAUGUUUGUGACUCAGGCCUAUGAGAGUUACCGCAGGAAAGACUACACACAGGUGGACUAUCUCAUCAACGGCAUGUACUCAGACUCAGGGGUGUGAUGGGCCAGACUGUGUUUACUUUUGCCAACAUGCUUUCAGUUAUUGAACUUUUUUUAAUUUAGUAUUUUCUAAAAGCACAUCAUGGUUCUGUUGAUUCACAUGUUGUCAGAGUAUCAUUCUACCCCCCCCCCCCCCCAGGGAUGGUUGAGGGGACAUGGUUCAUAAAGUUAACAGUUAAAACUGUCAGAGUUGCGCCAGUCUCUAUUUUAGAUGUUUCUGUCUGAAGUUUCUUACCACCAAAUGCACACAGAGAUUGACUUACGAGGCCCACACUGUAACAAGCUGUACCCAGCUGUGAGCCUUAUUCAGACCAUACCAUCUUCUACAGGUCGAGUUCUGUACCUCCAGGCCUGAGGAGGUUUCUGUGUUUGUGGUUCUGUUUCCAACCAUCCAGCAGUGUGUUCAUACUGCUAACUGCUUAUCUUAACCCUGCAUGUGUCUUAAAGGGGCUUUCACUUUAAACAAUAAAUUGAAAUUAAAUAUUUUAAUAGUGCAUAACAAUGAGUAGUUGCUGGGUAUAACCUGGAUAGUUCUGUCUGUAACCCCCAUGAACGUUAAUAGUGGUGUUUGCUUACACGUUACACUGUUUGUGGGUUGCAGAAAGUACAUUAACUUUGUACCCACCCACCUACUAUAUGUUUUAUGUAUGAUCCCAAAAUGUUAUAGAUUUUGAGUAAGGUUUUUUCUUUACGUUUCUCAGCAUGGUUUUUCCAGAUACAUUCCAGAGGGAAUUAAUGUUAUCUGGUCUUAGAUUUCUAUGCAGUUGAUACUUCCACAUGUCAUAGGAGAAUGGCCAAAGACUGUUGUAAUCCGUUCAUUUCCUCUCCUCAUGUCACUUUGGGUUGCUUUGUAAAUUGGGUUGAAAAGGUGUAGCCUAAUAGUUUGCUUUGUUUACAUUCGGCUUGUGUCCACCUGUAUGGUUCUUACAGUCCAGUGUCGACCGUAGUCGUAAUGAGCAGCUAGUCCGUGAUGGUGAAGGGAAUCCAUGUUGUCUUUUUUCCUUGACCAGAGUCAUUUG